AUGUCUGGAAACUCUAGCGUCGGUACCAGUGGUGUCUACGAGGCAGGCGACCAGCGCAACGUCAAGGACUCCGAGAUCAGACAGGCACAGGCUGAGAACCGCUUCCACGAGGGCAAGCAGAACUCCCAUCUUGCUCAAGACUCCAAGGACGAGCGCUCCAUCGCCAACAAGCUUGCCCGCGAAGAGAAGCGCGAGAACGAGGAUGAGAACAAACUAUCCGAAGAGGACCGCGCAUCAAAAAUCGACUCUACACUGCCGGCGAAGCUGCACGGUAACGAGCCUUCCAAGGGCGCCAAGAUCGACCAGGAGUUGAAGGAGGAGGAGGAGGCUGAGCUCAGGCGGAAAGGCAAGGGCGAUGCCAUGCCUGGAAAGAAAUAG